UCUCGUGGUUGUGAGCGCGACCACUCUGGCUGGCUCUGGGGGCGGGGCUGUGGGGGAAAGUGCUAAAGCCGCUAAGGGAAGUCAGUUCUACUCCAGGAAAUGGCUGCCUCUUCAUCGUCCUCCUCAGCUGGUGGGGUCAGUGGAAGUUCUGUCUCUGGAUCUGGGUUCAGUGUCUCAGACCUCGCUCCACCACGGAAAGCCCUUUUCAACUACCCCAAAAGAGCUGGGGAGAUGCUAAAAGAUGGCUCUGAAAGAUUCCUCUGUGAGUCCGUUUUCAGUUACCAGGUGGCAUCCACACUUAAACAGGUGAAGCAUGAUCAGCAAGUUGCUCGGAUGGAAAAACUAGCUGGUUUGGUAGAAGAGCUGGAGGCUGAUGAGUGGCGGUUUAAACCCAUUGAGCAGCUGCUGGGGUUCACACCCUCUUCAGGAUGAUGUCACCUGGAUGGUCACCUCUGGGGCACAGCCGGUGCAGAGCCGAUGAGGGGACGCUCGCUGUACAGCUUACACAGG